GGAAGUAGGGCGCGGGCGGACGCCAUGGCGGACGGGACGGGAAGCAGAGAGGAAGAAAGAGAGACUUUGCGGCGCUGGGAGCGUCAACAAAUCCAGAUGAAAGAAGAUGUGAUUGAACAAGACACAGAGGAAUGGCAGAGCAAUUUCUCCUUUACUGGACUGGAAAGAAUUGGAGGAAUGGAUUUGUCUUAUCUCAAAGAAGAUGCCACAUGUGCCUGUGCUUCACUGGUGGUGCUCAGCUACCCAGAACUUGAGGUCCUCUAUGAAGACUGCUACGUGGUGGCUGUGAAUGCCCCCUAUGUGGCAGGAUUCCUGGCUUUCCGAGAAGUCCCUUUUUUGCUGGAGGCUGUACAACGGCUGGAGACACAGAAGCCUGGCCUUAAACCCCAGGUACUUCUUGUAGAUGGAAACGGCAUCUUGCAUCACAGAGGUUUUGGCAUCGCCUGCCAUCUUGGUGUUCUCACAGGUCUUCCCUGCAUUGGUGUAGCCAAAAAUCUCUUGCAGGUUGAAGGUUUGGCCAAUGAUGAGUUUCACAAGAAACAAAUCCAAGAUCUUCAGGCAGGAGGAGAUACAUUCCCACUGAAAAGUACCUCUGGGAAAAUCUUGGGUAUGGCUUUGCGUAGCUGUGCCAAGAGUACAAAACCUGUGUAUAUCUCAGUAGGCCACAAGAUAAGUCUACUGUCGGCUGUGCGCCUGGUCCAUUCUUGUUGCAAGUAUCGGAUUCCUGAGCCCAUCCGGCAGGCUGAUAUAAGAUCCAGAGAAUAUAUCCGGAAACAUAUGGAGGUCAACAUUCCUGUGUCCCCUCCACCACCAGAGAA